AUGCGCGCCCUCGUCAGGCCCUUCGCGACACACAACGUCUACUUCCCCAUAGAGUCCAUCGUCUUCGUCUUCGUUCUUGCCACCCUCGCCUACUUUCACAUCCUCUCGGGCAUCAAACAUUCGUCCUUCUUUGCGCCCACGUAUCCGACUAAUGUCAGGCCGGCCCACGCUCGGCUGAGCGGCGGCGAAUGGCUCGGAGUGACGCAGCGGGACUGGCUGGACGCGGUCAAGCAUCCGAAGGAUGGCGUCAAGGCGUUGGAGUUGCAGCAGAUUGUGUUCAGGCUGGACGACAAGGAGAAGACGGCCUUCCCCACCACGACCCCGGCAGUGCUCUCUGAAAUCGUCGAACACCUGCCCUCCCAGCUCACCGGCCUCAAAGGCGACUCAUACUCGUCAGUCUGCUAUUACCCCGGCUUGAAUGUCACGGCUAUUCCGUGUUUUGUGACCCGUUCAUCCGACUCGUCGGCUUCCGUGUUGACGCUGUCAUUUGUAUCCGGCGCCACGGAGGACUGGCUCGCAUCACUGCAGCAGGUAAAGUCCGUGACGGUGGACAACGUCGAAUAUGACCUCGUUGGCGCCAAGCGCGAGGAGACCAUUGGCGAGAUGAAGAGCAGCAAGUGGGUCGCCUAUGCUGUCCAUGCCACGAUCCUGCGCUUCUGGGAGUUGACCAAGAAAGCGGACUCACUCGAUAUCGUCGUUGUCCUCCUCGGCUAUGUGCUCAUGCACGCGACAUUCAUCCGGCUCUGGCUCUCCUCGCGUGCGCUGGGCUCGAACUUCUGGCUGAGCACGGGCAUUUUUUCCUCCAGCCUGAUCUCCUUUCUCUUCACGCUCCCGCUCUGCCGUUAUCUCAACAUCCCGCUCGACCUGAUCGCGCUCACUGAAGCACUCCCCUUCCUCGUUUGUACCGUGGGCUUCGACAAGCCUCUCCGUCUCGCAAAGGCAGUAUUGGCCCACCCGCAGGCCCUCAAGCCGCAGGAAGACGGACGGAUGAAGCCUGCGGGCGAGGUCGUGCUUGACGCGCUCGACCGGGUCGGCAACCUCAUUCUCCGGGACUACGCGCUUGAGAUCGCUGUUCUGUUGGUCGGCGUGAACAGCGGCGUUGGCGGUUUGAAGGAGUUUUGCUCUGUGGCGGCUGUUGCGUUGGGCAUGGAUUGUUUGAUGCUCUGCACAUUCUAUAUAGCGGUGCUGACAGUCAUGGUGGAGAUGCGCCGCGUGAAGCGGGUCCGCCAAAUGAACCGCUCGAGCUCGAGCUCUGCUGCGCAAACCGGUAGUGGAAUCCGCCCUGCGCUCUCGAAGCGUCCAGCAACGAACGGGCCAACUCCGAAGACGGCUGGUGAGAGGCUGUCCGCUGCUGUGUUGGGAGUGAAGGGUUCCUUGCUCCCGGAGACUCAUGGCGGCAAAGCGCACCCGGCGGAUGAGAACCCUAUGUACCGGUUGAAGCUGCUUCUGAUUGCCUCGUUUUUGACUUUGCACAUCCUCAACUUCAUUACUCCCCUGACGUCCGCCAGCAGCAGCACGCGCCACCACAAGCACUCCGUCCGCACUGCUGCUGACGCUCUCCCUCCUACCCCUCUCGUCGACAUCACUAGCCCUGCGAUUUCGCGCAUCCUUGCGAGCCUUGUUAGCGCUGAGAAGGCAGGCGUUCAGGCUAGCGGCGCAGAGUCGGAGUCCGAGCUUUUCGUCAAAGUCGCUGCUCCUGUCUACCUGCGAGUCGUGCCCACCGCUAGACGUUCCGGCUCCAAGGCCGAGGCCAUCGAGAACUUCAUGUCGAGCUGGUCUGACCUCGUUGGCGAUCCGGUGCUUUCGAAGUGGAUUGUCGUCCUUCUUGGCCUGAGCGUCGCGCUGAAUGGCUACCUGCUUCGUGGCAUUGCCGCAGGCUCCGGAUUGGCUGCCAUGAAGGCCGUACGGGACAAGGACGUGCGCUUCCGUUCGCGUGUACGUUCCAGGGUGCGUCUGGAGAGGGAGGAAGAGCCUGAGCCGACUGAGCAAGCUCCUGAGCCUACGAUUUCUCAUGCGCCUGUGGCUCCUACGAUUGUCACGAUGGCCGCUACCGUCCCGCCUGCGCAUGUCGAGCGGCCGAAGCAUUCGGCUGCUGUUGUCAUCCCUCCGCUGAACCUCGACCGCAUUGACAUGAAGCUCCGCGAAGCGGCGAUCCGUGCACCUCCUACCCCCGCUGAGACGUCUUCGCCCUCUAGCGAUCCCGAGAACUUGCCAUUCCGGAAGCAGUCAAGCCGCCUGGCAAUGCGUACGCUCGAGGAGUGCAUUGAGAUCUUCGACAAUGGUCCCAAGCCGGUUUCUGUCGCCCUCUCGAUGUUGAACGACGAGGAGGUCAUCUUGCUCGCGCAGAACGGCAAGAUCGCGCCGUAUGCCCUGGAGAAGGUACUCGGUGAUUUGGAGCGUGCCGUUCUCGUCCGUCGGGCUUUGAUCUCGCGUGCCUCCAAGACGAAGUCGCUCGAGUACUCCGAUGUCCCCAUGUCCAACUACGACUACUCUCGCGUCAUGGGUGCUUGCUGCGAGAACGUCAUUGGAUACAUACCCAUCCCUCUCGGUGUCGCUGGUCCUCUGAAGGUUGACGGCGAGCUAUUCCCGAUCCCUAUGGCUACCGCGGAAGGCACUCUUGUUGCGUCGACCUCGCGGGGUUGCAAAGCUCUCAACGCCGGCGGAGGUGUCACCACGGUGCUCACCUACGAUGGCAUGACUCGCGGCCCGGCUAUCGACUUCCCUUCGAUCACGAUGGCGGCCCAGGCCCGUGCGUGGGUUGAGUCAGAGGAGGGUUACGGCAUGGUCAAGGAGGCCUUCGAGUCGACGUCGCGCUUCGCCAAGCUGCAGAACAUCAAGUGCGCGAUGGCGGGACGGACGCUCUUCGUCCGCUUCGCGACGCGCACGGGUGAUGCGAUGGGCAUGAACAUGAUCUCGAAGGCCACAGAGAAGGCAUUGGACAGGAUGACGAAGGAGUUCCCCGAGAUGGUUGUCCUCGCGCUCUCCGGAAACUACUGCACAGACAAGAAGUCGGCUGCGAUCAACUGGAUCGAGGGCCGUGGCAAGAGCAUCGUCGCUGAGGCGGUCAUCCCCGGCAAAGUUGUGAAGUCCGUUCUGAAGACGACGGUCGACGCAUUGUGCAACUUGAACACGAAGAAGAACCUGGUCGGUAGUGCCAUGGCUGGCUCGAUUGGUGGAUUCAACGCGCACGCCGCGAACAUCCUUACUGCAAUCUUCUUGGCGACUGGUCAGGACCCAGCACAGAACGUCGAGAGUUCGCAGUGCAUGACGCUUAUGGAACCGACGAACGGCGGCGAGGAUUUGCUCAUGACGGUUACCAUGCCUUGCAUUGAGGUCGGCACUGUCGGUGGCGGCACUGUCCUUGCACCCCAGCAGGCCGUCCUCGAGCUGCUCGGCGUCAAGGGCGCGCAUCAAACGAACCCCGGCCAGAACGCGCAACAGCUUGCACGCAUCAUUGCGUCCGCUGUCAUGGCUGGUGAACUGUCCCUCAUCAGUGCCCUUGCCGCUGGCCACCUAGUCCGUGCGCACAUGGCGCAUAACCGGUCACAGGCGAACACCCAGGCAAACACACCCGCGGUCUCCCGCCCCGACACUCCCGCUAUCCCGUCACCUAACACCUCCAACUUCUGGAAUAACGUCUCUAAAGGCGUCAUGACCCCGAUGACGCCUGGAGCCCACACACCCGCGCCUGUACAGGCGAGCGGUUACAGCAUUGACGCGAAGACGACAUGA